UCAAAGCAAAAGAGAAUGAACUUGCGCUCGGUCUGCUGCACAUUGCACUGUCCUCUGCUUUGCUCACCCUGCUGCGUCGAUGGCUCUAGUUAAGGCUAGCGGGCUCCUUGGUCUUUCCCUCCGCGAUGCCUCUCAUCAAGUCGGAUCUGGCCAAUACAGUCAUCAUCCUUGGCGGCAUUUACCAAGUCUAUGCAGCCGUCUGGGCAAUCUUCUACCCUCGCGCCUUUUGCACUUUCAUCACAAAGGUUCUAGAGCCCCUUGUGGCGCCGAUACCGAUACUUCAAAUCACCAACAUCAUUGUGGGUACUGUCGUCGUGUCGGCUGAGAUCUUGUCUACUUUCAAGCCUCUCAACCGCUUCAUCCUGCUCAAGGUCAUCUUCUAUACGGCAGCAGGCGUGCCGGCCUUUCUGUUGCUCAACACUGUCAAUGCAGCCGCGAUCUUAUGGUACGGAGCGAUGCUAUUGGCCUGGGGAUACUGGGACGGGGAAGCGAGAAUAGAUGUCAAGAUUCAAGCAUGAUUGUACAAA